AUGUUUUUAAAAAUUUAAUUGUCAAUUCAGAUAGAUACGAGACUUAAUGGCAAAGUAAUAUGGGAUGAAUUCAUUUCUUACUUACUGAUAGAAUUUCGGAAUAUAGACACUAGUUUGAAGUCGCAAAUGGAAAUACCAUUAAUGAGUUUACCCAAAUUGUUAAGAACGCAUCAUCGCACUCCUGUGUGCAGAAUUACAUUUUGCCCGGAAGUUUUGCCAGUACAACCUCCAAUGGCCUUGAUCUUAAUAAAUGUUGUUUAUGAUCCUGAACAAUAUUCGAGAGGUUUUAGCCGUUGGUCGGACACUUUGCGUAAUGCUAAUGCCGCGUUCUUAAAAGUGCAACCUACUGUUAUAACUGAUAUGAUCGUGUUACCGGAUGUUCAGAUAGUGUGCACGAGUUCAACAGAAUGUGAUUUGAGAUUUUACGACGUCGCGGCAAAAAAGUUUGAUCUCCGCAUACUGAUAUCCAGUUUGGAAAAUGCAGUCAUUUGCAUGUACUAUUAUUUUAGUAGAAAUAUGAACGAAAAUUCUUACAUCGUCCUAGGUGAUACAAGUGGGUCUAUUAUAAUCAUAACUUUUAAUCCUACGGAUAGAGGACCUUUCAAGCAAUAUACUGCAACUGACUCGAUCAUUUUUCGUUACGACAAUGUCAUUAAAGUAAGUAAAACCUGUUGGAGGUCACUCAGGGUCAUGACUUUGACAACAUACGUCAAGGUCAAGGUCAAGGUCAUUGGAGAAGCCUUCUCUAAAGUUUGCUUCAUAGAUGUAGUUGAAGGCUUUGCGGAAAAUUACUUUGCUAAAAGAUUACUACAAUUAGGGGGAGAUACAAGGAUUAGAUGUCAUAGAAUUAAAAAAUAUACAUACAAAUUGGACGAGCCAGAAAGUCAAAUAUUGGUAACGGGUGGACCAGACUGCGUGGUUCGCAUUUGGAAUCCGUUUGUUCCCAGGAAAGCAAAUGCUAUUUUGUUGGGGCACCGAUCGACUAUCUGCGCGCUUGUCGUAACUAACGCUGGCAAUCGCAUUUUUUCCUUGUCGAAAGACAGAUGCAUAAAAGUAUGGGACGUUCCAGCUCUUAGUUGCAUUCAGAUAGAAGAUAUGUGUACAUUUCGUAAACAGACAUACAACAAAUUACCACGUGAGCUGAGUGAAUACACUCCCAUGACCAUAGUGUACAACACGCUGACCUGUACGAUGAUUAUUGCUAGCGUGAUGAUAGCUGUUGUCGUUUGCGAGCACGUAAUUAACGAGGAAAUCUCGGACGGCUAUACGCACACUAAGGGCGUCAGUUGUGUCCUCUACAAUCAGCUCUUCCGUGUGAUUGUUUCUACAGGAUUGGAUUCAUGCAUCAUCGUAUGGGAUCCAUGGUACGGACGCCGUUUACGUUUGAUAUCACACGCUCACAGUAUUAUACAAUAUGGACAGUACGUCGACAUCGAGAUCACUGCGGCUUGCUUCGACGAUUCGGAGCAAUUUUUAGUGACUGGCGCAAGAAAUGGUUCAGUGAAAAUGUGGAAUUACAAUACCGGAACCUGUAUACGCGAUAUGAUGGUUGAUUAUCAAUGGUACAGUGGAUAUUAUCAGAGAAUAUCUUCUAAUGUUACUUUUCAUCGAUAUCAUGAGCGAUAUAAUAAAUUUUCAUUUCAUAUUAUUUUUUUCUGCAGCGAAAUAACGAGUAUCACAUGGUACAAAAAUCGAAUUCUGUGCUGCGGUUGGAAUAAACACGUGACAGAAUUGUCGAUUUUCAAAUCUGAUAUAUGCAAAAAGAAUUGGACGACCAGUCACACCGACGACAUUCUAUGCAUGGCUGCGAGAUAUCCACAGCUAUUAGCUACCGGAUCGUACAACGAAGAAUUAAUUUUCUGGAAUCUUGAAACGGGCCAGCCUUUUAGAAAGUAUCUAGUGACUGAUGUUAAUAGAAGGUACACGAGAAUGACGAAUGAACAGAAAGAGUUUAGAAAAUUGAAUGAGAUCAGUGGAUCCGUCAAUCAGCAGAUUAAGUAAAUAAUAAUGCGC